AUGUUGUUUCUUCCUCAGAUAUUGGUCUUGGCGUUGGCGGCUGCCACGCGAGCCUCCCCUCAAGGCUACGGCCUGGCUACGCCCUCUGGUCCAUCUUUCUCCGCUGGCGGUGGGUUCGCGGGCGGCUCUGGGUUCGCAGGCGGCGCUGGGUUCGCAGGCGGCGCUGGGUUCGCAGGCGGCGCUGGGUUUGCUGCAGGUGGUAUUGGCUUCUCAGGUGGUUCCGGUUUCUCCUCCGGAGGUUCAGGCGGAUACUCUGGUGGCAGCUGUGGCGGUGGACAGAUUCGUCAUGUGGACGGCAGCUGCGUUACUCCCGUGAUCACCCGCAACCUGUAUGUGUACAGCGCUCCUGCAGCGCCUCCCAUUGUCGGCCCUCGACCCUAUGUACCUCCACCACGAGUUGAACACAACAUUUUGUUCAUCCGCACCCCAGAGAUUGGUCCAGGCCAGGAACCCAUCGUGGUGCCACCACCUCAACAGAAGAACGUUGUGUACGUCCUCAACAGGCGACCCGAGCACGACCAGAAGGUCAUCCACGUACCAGCACCAGAACAAGAAAGUCCUCAAGUGUUCUUCGUCAACUAUGGAGAAGGAGACAACCCGACGCUGCCUACCGGUGGAGACCUGCAGUCUGCCCUCAGCUCUGCUGCCCAAGGUGGCGGUGACGUCAUUGGUGGCGGCGGUGGUGGCUUUGGUGGCGGCGCUGGAAUCUUAGGUGGCGGUGGUGGUGGUGGUUUUGUGAGCGGUGGUGGCAUUGGCGGCGGCAUUGGUGGUGGCAUUGGCGGCGGCAUUGGCGGCGGCAUUGGCGGUGGCGGAGGUUUCGUGAGCGGCGGCGGCAUUGGCGGUGGCAUUGGCGGCGGCGGAGGUUUCGUGAGCGGCGGCGGCAUUGGAGGUGGCAUUGGCGGCGGCGGCGGCGGGGCGUACAGCGCUCCCCCUGCGCCGUCAACAUUGUACAGAGGACCUUAACUAGCGUCAUAUGAUGGCAGAUCUCUCUAACACCCCAUGUUAUUGUUUCUGUUAAACAUGGUGUGGUAAUCUUGUCAGAGGGUGAGACUGCUCCCGCCAGCGGUCUACGGCUUCGCUUACUGUAUGCUUCAUGUUAUCCACACAAUAUAUUUUAUUAUGUAA